CACCCCGGCGGUGAUGCCAGACGUGAUCGCCAUGGUGAAGGCGAAUAUUUGUCGAGCGUUGCCACCGCAGCCUGACGACUGCGAUCCGGACAAAGACGAGCCUUUGCUCGAGGAGGCCUGGCCGCACUUGCAGGUGGUGUACGAGUUCUUAGUCCGGUUUGUCGUGUCGUCGGAGGUGGACGCGAAGCAGGCCAAGCAGUACGUGGACCAGGCCAUGUGCUUGCAGCUCGUCGAUCUUUUCGACAGUGAGGACCCGCGGGAGCGUGACUACCUCAAGACGAUUCUCCACAGGGUAUACGGGAAGUUCAUGAUGCACCGAGCGUUCAUCCGGCGAGCUGUCGGGAAUGCGUUCCUCAGGUUUGUGUAUGAGUGCCCUAGACACAAUGGCAUCGGGGAGUUGCUGGAGAUCCUAGGGAGCAUCGUGAACGGUUUCGCGACGCCGUUGAAGAAGGAACACGUGGACUUCUUGCAGGUCUGCCUGCUGCCGCUGCACACGCCGACCAUGGUCAACAUCUACCACCAGCAGCUGAGCUACUGCGUGGUACAGUAUGUGGAGAAGGAGGCGGACACGGCAACACAUAUCCUCAAAAGCCUGAUUCGGUUCUGGCCGUGGCGAAGCUCGAGCAAGCAAGUGAUUUUCAUUAACGAGCUGGAGGAGGUGCUGGAACUGCUGGCGGGGCCGGACCAGAUAGCUGAGGUGGAGGACCAGCUCUUCAACUUGCUGGCGCGCUGCAUCUCGAGCGAACACUUCCAGGUGGCGGAACGCGCGCUUUUCUUGUGGAACAACGAGCAUCUCGUUACGGCUGGGGUCCUCUCGAUGCAGUACCCGAGCCCGCUUCUGCCAGUCAUCUACGGCCCCCUUCGGGAGCGCUCGACGCGCCACUGGAACACCACUGUGGAAGGGCUGGCCCACAACGUGCUAAGAAUGUACAACGACCAAGACGCUGCGGCAUUUGAAAGGUGCGAGGUCGAAUGA